AUGCCGCGUCCGCUCCACCACCAACCCCCCAAAACCCCAUUACACAUAUUUCGGCACCUGCUUCGCGAGGCGUCGUACCUGCCGCCCUUUGCGCAGCCCGUCGCCCGUGAACGCAUCAGAUCACGAUUCGACCGCCACAGGAACACUAAAGACCCCGAGCGCCUGAAGACUCUCCUUCGGAAAGGCAACCAUAAGCUCCGGUAUCUCCGGGCCGCCAAUAACGGUGACUUCCCCCGCAUGCGUUUUGUGCUGUUCGAAAUCUUUGGCCGCCUUGGUUUUCGGCGACGGCAGCUUUUACAUCAAAUCUUUGCCCGGGAGCCUCCCGCCGAUGAGGCAGAACUAGAAGAAUUUAUGCAGACGCUGGCAAGCCAGGACCUACUGAACCGGCAUUCUGACUGGCUCGACCGGUGGAAUUUGGAGAAGCUGCAAGCGUUCCUCAAGUCGCAGGCGUUGAAUCCCUUCGACAAUUCCCCGAGGCCGAGCGUCGCUGGGAAGACACUAGACCCGACCAAUGUCGUGCUCAAGGAAACCAUUUGGGGAAGGCCACCUUCUCCCAAGCUUGCGCGUUCCAGGUUACGGAAAUGGUGGAGGAAUAUGCUCGAGCGGGUCAUGCCUCCGCUGCCCAAAAAAGAAUGGGAAAUGCUUCGCGACUUGAGUCUCGGGAAUAACGAGACGACAAAGAACCCGUGGGCCCCGCCGCGCCGUACCGUUGCGCAGAGCAGCUCGCCGAAAGAGGGCGAGCGCUGGGACUGGAAGCUGUACGCCACAAGGCGCGUUGCCUUCGCUGAUAUACAGAAGAGCCGGCGGAAUAAAUUGCUGAGCGGUGCUGUGGACGAUACGUCCCCGAUGGGGGACACCCGGGCAAUCCACGAAGGAAAAUUCACGCCGCGGACCUGGCGGAGUGUAGUGGGGGAUGUGUUCAUGAUGUCGUCUUACAUGGAGAAAAAGCCCACUGGCGAUGGCUGGGACAUUAAAUGGGGGAAGAUCAGAUUUGAACCCCCGGUGGCGAAUCAAGCCCGUGCCGAGAUCUUUGAGGGCAUCUCUUUUGACGACAAACCGCAAGUCCAAAAACUCGAUUCAACCGGCCUCUCGCGCAAAGAGCGGAAGAGGAUAAGACUCGAAGCUGGAGGCGAAGAUCCGUCCUCUUAA